AUGGACACCGCUCUUUUGACCGGACUCAGGGACCUGACCAUAAAUCCAGCAUAUACCAUUUUGUAUACUUCAGAUAAUAAAUCUAUACAAUCACGACACACAUUCUUUCCACCAACUCCACCGAAUGAAUAUGCAAUGGAUGAAGAUCAAGAGUUUAUAACAGAUGGUGACUCUUCUCGUGAAGCUUUCACUUACAAUCAUGAUAACUCAAUUGAAGGGGAGGAUUAUUAUGACGAAGCUGACGAGUCGUAUAUUACAUCACCAAGUUUCGACACUACCAUAAAUGAUCCCGAAUUUGCGAAUUUUUCAAAUGAAUUUUCUCAGGAAUCUGGGAAUGUUAUCAGUUUUCAAAAAACUUAUUAUUUUAAUACCUGUUCUUAUGAGGUGCCACAUUCUGGAAACCAUAUGCAACCAGCUUUACAAAACAUUGCUCUCAUCGUUGAGUCAUGGCUCACUGAAAAACUAUAUCGAUAUGCUGGCGAUGCUAUUCCCAUUUUGGAAGAAUCUCCUCAAAUUUCAGCUGAAAGUGUAAUGACAAAAUUAAAAAUGGCUUUAGGUGCUUUCAAUAAUCUAUCAAAAGUAGAUAUAAAAAUCAGAGCCGGUCACGUCUAUUCACUUCAUAUGAUAAAUGACGAAAUCGUCAUUUCUCCAAAUCAUAAGCAAUUUAUUCAAGAGAGUCAAUCGAUGGCUGGUGAACCAAACAAAAUUUCACAUCAUCAUCAAUUAACUAAUGGUAUUACGACAACUAGACGAACUGUCUCUUCUGCUGAUGGUCAAACAUUUUAUCUAUUGGAUGAAGUACCAACUACCUUAUAUUUUAUGGGGAAUGAUAAUGCACGUUUUUAUAGUGGCGCGAGUUACGCAGGAGAAAUCAUUGUUCGACCCUAA